AUGACCCCCCCAACGCCCCUCCUCACCAGAUCCCUCCGAUCAAGGGGCUUACUCUCCCUUCCGUCCUUCACCAAAACCCUACAAAGACCCCUCUCUACCAUCACCAACCAACUCCCCCCUCCACCACCAAAACACUGGAUCCCCGACCUCCGCGCCCGCCUAGGCAAAUGCAUCAUCUUCGGCUGCACCCACUCCCAAAUCACCCGCGCGUCCUCCGUUCUCAAAGCCCUAUCAACCGAAUGGAAGUCUCUUGUCGCCGGCAGUGAAGGGUUCCUCACCGGGGGAAGGAGAGGGCUAGACGGGAGGCAGAUUGCCUGGGGGGAGAUGGAUAGUUUUCAACACGUCAACAAUGUGAAUUACUAUCGGUAUGCCGAGUCGGCAAGAGUAAACUGGAUCACCAACUUUGCCGUUCAUGUUAAUCCGAAACAUAGGCAGCAUUGGGCGGAACUGAUGACGCCCCAGUCGACCGGGUUAAUUAAGAAAAGUUUGAAGUGGGAUUUCAAGUUUUGUAAGCUUUCCCCCCCCCCCCCCGAGUUGACAGAGAAAACAAAGCCAAUGGUUUACCCUGAUAAGAUCUCCGUCUAUCACAAGCUCCGCUGCAGGCCUGAGGGGGACCCGGCGCCGAGUAAUUUCAUGCUGGAUUGUAUCGUCUUGUCUCAUCAGCAUAGAAGGGUGGCGGCACGCUUGGAGGAGGAUAUCGUUGUUUAUGACUACAAGGCUGCGAAAAAGACGAGCAUGCCUGGGUUUAUGAUGGAGUUGUUCCAGCAGACGUGGGAGAUGCAGCAGGCUGAGGAGGUGAGGGCGAGGACGAGGAUUUGGGAGUUGAUUGGGGAGGUGGAGGGGUUGGAGAAGGAGACGUGGGAUAGGGAGGAUGCGGUAGAGGAUUUGGGGAGUGCUGGUAAGAGUAGUGCUUGA